ACACGUUCCACUGCAUCAGUCGCGAUCCGUCAAAUUCGCCUUUCUCCCCUUUUUUCAAGCUGGUGCGCGGUAGUCUCGUCGCGGUUAGGAAAAAAGUGAAUGUGCUGACGUGAAGGGAAGUUCCAGUGCCGUGGAUCCGUUCAAUACCCGUUAGUUAUCCCGUCUCGAUCGUUUGGGGCGCCUUAAAUGCACCAACCGUUUUUAGUUUGCCUUAGUAGUAGAUUAGCACUUUUUCGGACGACCGGAGUCAAGCUAAAGCCAUCGUUCUUCCGCAGCCCUACCGGAUCGACGACGACGACAGUUGUAGGUGAAAAAUUUCAUCAUCAUUCUUGGCAGCGAGAGUUUGCCAGCCAACAAGCGGUCCCGAAGGCAUUUGUGUGGGGAUCGAACAAGAAGCAUCGAGAUUAUAAACUGAAGGCGCAGCUGCUGGAGAAUAUGGCCUCGGAUCCGAAGAUUGAGGAGGUGUUGGCUCCGCUGCGGGUGGCUGUGAAAGAGCAGGGCGAUUUGGUUCGUAAGUUGAAGGCCGAUGGCGCUCCGGAGAUUGACGUGAAAAAGGCUGUGAAUGAACUGAAGGCCCGCAAGAAGGUGCUGGAAGACAAGGAACUAAGCCUCGCUCCAUCGGUGGCCAGCUUCGAUAGGGCUCGGAUGGAAGAUCUGCUCAAGCGACGGUUCUUCUACGAUCAAAGCUUUGCCAUCUAUGGAGGUAUUACCGGUCAGUACGACUUCGGACCGAUGGGAUGUGCGCUGAAGUCCAACAUGAUCAACGCCUGGAGGCAGUUUUUCGUUCUGGAGGAGCAAAUGCUGGAAGUGGAUUGCUCGAUUCUGACACCGGAACCGGUGUUGAAGGCAUCGGGCCAUGUGGAUCGGUUUGCGGAUCUGAUGGUUAAGGACGUGAAAAACGGAGAAUGCUUCCGGUUGGAUCAUUUGAUAAAGAACCAUCUGGAGAAGCUGGCCGCGGCUAAGGAUGCCACGCAGGCUCUGAAAGACGAAUGUACGGAUAUUGUUAUCAAGCUGGACGGAAUGACCAAGGACGAGAUGGCUGCCAUCGUUACGAAGUUCAAUAUGAAGAGUCCAAUCACGGGAAAUGACCUGACGGAACCGAUCGAGUUCAAUCUGAUGUUUGGAACUCAAAUUGGACCCACCGGUUUGGUGAAGGGAUUCCUCCGUCCGGAAACAGCCCAGGGCAUUUUCGUAAACUUCAAGCGUUUACUGGAGUUCAAUCAGGGAAAAUUACCGUUCGCCGCUGCUCAGAUUGGAAAUUCGUUCCGAAACGAAAUUUCUCCGCGAUCUGGGCUGAUUCGGGUGCGCGAGUUCACCAUGUGUGAGAUUGAGCACUUCUGUGAUCCCCAGCUGAAAGAUCACCCCAAGUUCGAGAACGUCAAGGAUGUCGUUAUGACGCUGUACUCGGCAUGCAACCAGAUGGAUGGUAAGAGUGCUCAGCAAAUCACGAUCGGAGAAGCCGUUGGAAGUGGAUUGGUGGCAAACGAAACGCUCGGAUACUUCAUGGCACGGAUUCAGCAGUUUAUGCUGAAGAUCGGUAUCCUUCCGGAGCGACUCCGGUUCCGCCAGCACAUGGGCAACGAAAUGGCUCAUUAUGCUUGCGAUUGCUGGGAUGCUGAAUGCUUGACCAGCUACGGUUGGAUCGAAUGCGUUGGUUGCGCGGACCGAUCCGCUUACGACCUUACGCAACACACGAAUGCCACCGGAGUGAAAUUGGUAGCGGAAAAGAAGCUUCCGGCCCCGAAAACCAUCGAAGUUACCGAAGUGGUCCCGAACAAAGCCGCUUUGGGUAAGGUAUUCAAAAAGGAAGCCAAGAACAUCACCGACCUGUUGGCCAAACUGAGCCUUUCCGAAGUGGACACGAUUGGCAAGAACCUGGCCGACAAGGGAGAGCACGCCCUGGAUGUCAACGGAACCGAAGUUACGCUAAACGGUGACAUGAUUGCCGUCAAGACAACUUCCAAAACGGUUCACGUGGAAGAAAUCACCCCAAGCGUAAUUGAGCCAUCGUUCGGAGUGGGACGGAUCAUGUACUCCCUGUUGGAGCAUCGAUUCCAGAUGCGGGAAGGCGACGAACAGCGCGGAUACUUCUCGCUGCCCCCGAUUGUGGCUCCGCUGAAGUGUUCGGUGUUGCCACUGAGCAACAACGCGGAGUUUGUGCCGUUCGUUAAGAAAAUAUCUACGGCCCUCACCAGUGUGGACAUUUCCCACAAGGUGGACGACUCGAGCGGAUCCAUCGGUCGCCGUUAUGCCCGUACGGACGAGAUUGCCAUCCCGUAUGGCAUUACCGUUGAUUUCGACACGCUGAAGGAACCGCACAGCGUGACGCUCCGAGAACGUGACUCGAUGAAGCAAGUCCGAAUCGCGCUCGACGAAGUUUCCCAGGUGGUUCGCGAUUUGGCGCGAAGCCGAUUAAGCUGGGCCGACGUGGAGGCCAAGUAUCCCAAGUUUGAGCAGCAGGAAGCCAGUUCCAAGUGAGAAACUAUGAUGAUAAUUUGCGCAUUUAUUCGGGGCCCCGAUAACGAAGGAUACCGCUACAGAUUCAAGCAGACCGAUUAAGAAAUGGACACAGCUAUUUAAACUAUCAUAUUACCCCUAAUUUUCAAAAUAAUGAUUGCAUAGUCCUAAGCCCGUACGUACAUUUACAUUAAAAAGAAAAAUAAAUAAAAGUAGCUCUACCGGCUUUAA